ACAAGAGGGUGUUUCUGCGUAUAUUUUUGACAGAUAGAGGGAUUGAGAGGACAUUUUUAACCCUCUACAUAAUUAUACGUCACAAUUUGAAAGAAUACUCUCUUGUCACUUGUGAAAAGGGGCAAUAACGAAUAAUCCAGAGUGAAUAUCGUCCUAUAAGGAAGACUAUUUUGUUGUCAGUCUCUGGUCCACCAAGGGCCAGGUGUAUACAGUAACAAUACUGAAAACUCACACAGAACUCUGAUAUGGCCAACCGUGCUGGUGCACAGAGACCCAAUGGGGCCACCCAGGGGAAAAUUUGUCAAUUCAAACUGGUUUUGCUUGGAGAAUCCGCUGUGGGAAAAUCAAGUUUGGUAUUAAGAUUUGUGAAAGGACAAUUUCAUGAAUAUCAAGAAAGUACAAUUGGAGCUGCAUUUCUAACACAGACAGUGUGUUUAGAUGAUACAACAGUAAAGUUUGAAAUCUGGGACACAGCAGGACAGGAACGCUAUCACAGUUUGGCCCCAAUGUACUACAGAGGAGCACAGGCCGCCAUUGUUGUAUAUGAUAUUACGAACCAAGACACAUUUGGAAGAGCAAAGACCUGGGUGAAAGAACUACAAAGGCAAGCCAGUCCAAAUAUUGUGAUAGCUCUAGCUGGCAACAAAUCUGAUCUAUCAAACAAACGAAUGGUUGAAUAUGAGGAAGCCCAAGCAUACGCAGAAGAAAAUAGUCUGUUGUUCAUGGAGACAUCUGCUAAAACUGCCAUGAAUGUGAAUGAUAUUUUUUUGGCAAUAGCCAAGAAAUUACCUAAAAAUGAAGGUGGGGGAGCAGCACAGCCGCGACAACAAGGGAUGAAGCUAAACAAUAGCGAAACGAGUCAAGCGUCAGAAGGUGGAUGCUGCAAGUAACAAGCAAUGUGAUUGGACAAUGCAAUGGGACUAGACAUAUGGUCCAGUGGAAUAACGGACUCCCAAUGGGCUUUUUAUUGAAGAAUUAUUUCAAAUAAGAUAAAGCUAAAUGUGACCAAGACAUAAUGUCUGUGUAGCAGGGGCUUGUCUGUACCAUGCUACGUGUUCAGGAUUUUCAAGGUUGUCACGUUGUAUUUGUAGGACAACAGAUUGUCGAGAGGUCUACAUUUAAUUGAAGAAGCAGGAUUUGUCACAUGUUUUGAACUUAAAUUUACGUUCGAUUUUUGACAGUCUGCGGUUCUCAAUCUGAUAAUUCAAAUAAAUUAUGAGAAAAUAUCACAUUUCUGGGUCUAGAAGAUAAAAAAAAAUUUCAAGAUUGCCAUUAUUCAUUCUAUGAUAUAUAUCAAAGAAAUUUUGUAGCAUAUUAAGAAUUUCAGAGAUGGAGGAGAUGAUGUGACCCUGAUUUAAACUAGGGGAUAGCUUAAUAGAAUCAAAGAUUUUUAGAGGCAUGUCCUAUUAAGUUUUUCCUUUUCUGCUUUAACAGCAGUGAUUAUGAAAGGACAUUUUUGUUAGGAAAUAGUUUUGUGGCAGAAUGUUGUUUCUGAAGCUGUUUUGUUGGCAGUUCUUCAUUGUUGAUAUUUUUUCUCCCAUUCUUUAUCCAAAGUAAUAGCAUAUGAAAGUCUAAAUAAAUAUUUAAAAGAACAAAUUAUCAUCAAAAAAUCUUCUAGAUGUACAGAACAUAAAUUUUUUCUCAUCUCUUCCAAAAUGGAUUUUGUUGGUCUUGGCUUCUUCUUUAAGGCAGAUAACCAUAACUUGAUUGGCAGAACUUGAAAAAGAAAUCCAUUAAACUUCUGAAAGUUUGUACUAAGAUUUACCAGGUUAAGUAUUUCUUUAAAAAAAAUCCUGAUAUGUUUAAAUUCCAGGUUUGGUGUGAAGGAAUUGGUGUAUGUAAUAUUGAAAAAAUAAAAUACUACUAUGUGAUUAGGUAAGAUAUUUGCAUAAAAUCCAAGGUUAACUGACUAAGAGAAAAGUCUGCUAGAAUGAUAUGUUACAUCAUUUUGUAUGAGAAUUUUGCUUUGUAUGGUCAUAUUUGCUAGCUUAAAAAGGUGUUAUUCUUAGUCGGGAGAUUGAAUUCCUCAAUAAGGAACAGUCUACAAAAUGUCUAUGUAGACCAGUAAAAGUGCAUAAGACAUUUUAACAUCAUAUAGAAAGGUAAUUCAACAUGAUGUUACUACACCUAGAACAAAGGGCAUCAUUGUAGAACAUUUAGAUAGAUUUUACUGUUGUGUUUCGACAUAUUUAUUUCAAAAAUAAUACAUGUACAGCUGAUUAUUUGUCUGUUAUAAAACCUGCACUUAUUGUAGUGCAUUAGUCUGGUUGGUCUGAUAACUACAACACAAGGCACGGAUUGCAGAGCGAUCAAUCUUUUUUCUAUUAAUGAGCUAAAGCAUGUGGCACUGGUUGCAGUGCGAUUGUUGGUGUAUGUUAUCCAUUAAUAAAUUACAGCAUGUUGCACCAAUGGUCGUGCAAUCAUAUGUGACGUUGACAUAGAUCAUUGGUAGACUUUGAUAGAGGGAUUUAGGGGUGGGGAAUGGUAUGGAUGAUAGAUGUUUUCACACUUGUUUGCACACAUGCUGUAUUUUUGUGUUUUUCUUGUUUGUGCUUCUACUCGUGUAAACAUUGUUUUGAAAGGAAGAAAUGUUUAAAUGUGUAUUUGUUCACAAAAUAGUAAUAGAAUGAUGUACUUUUCCUGGGACCCUGUUUUUGACAACACAAAAAAAUGUAAACUUGUCAAGUCCUGAAAUAAUGUGCACUAUUUGUUUUUUUCGGGAGAAAAGACUAGAUGAGUGAGUUAUAGAAAUGAUACUUGGCUGUGUGUAUUUACAGAGUGCUUGUGAGAGUGGAAUGAUUUGUAAAUUGUGUAUAUUCGGGAAUGUAUAGUAAAUACACAUUUAAUUGGUUUAACUGUACCAUAAUAUAUUUAUAACCAUUCAAGUAAAAGUAGACUUAGUGAUUUUUAAUGAAGUAACCUACCCUCAAUGCUACUGUCAUUCACAAGUCCAGACUGGGAUCAGUGUAUUUUCAUUGUUUUCUGUGUCUGUUUAUCUACUGCAGUAUUUUAAAAGCAUGUGUAGUUAACUCUUCAAGAUUUUUCCAUCAAAAUAAUAAACAGUCUGCUUUGUGAUUGAUGCAAAGACCUUAUUCUUUUGCCAAGUUUCCAUUCUAAGUGUAUACUGGAAAGGAAGAUCAGAUUUGUGAAUUGUUUUGUAUUUAUUCAGAAAAAGGCAUUUUUCACAUUGUGUUCAUUCUUUGGAAGCUUUCCGAUAAGAACAAUCUGCUAUUUCACAUGUUAUCAGUGUGCAUGUUUGAGGACAGGCUCUGUUUUCAUGUCUAUUUGUAAAUCUUGGAGAGGCAACUGCUAUGCUUUUGUACUAUUUAUGUGUAAAUUCUUUGUCCAUAAGGUUAAGCAUUUGACCAGAAAGAUAGUGAUCAUUCACAUAUUAUCUCACUCCCAUAAUUUUCUGUUGAGGAUCGAAGGUUUUUUGUAAACGAUGGGAUCUUAUUAAUCUGUACUUCAGUAAUUCUUCAGGUUCUAAAAUUUCAGCAAGUAUCGCCAAUAAAUCAUUGGAUGUAAGGCUUAGAGAAUGUACAAAUGGUAACUACAGUUCUUUAUUCUUAAAUGUGUAAAGGAGACAGCAGGCUUUGCAGACAGUCAAACAUCUGUAUACAUUUGCAUUUGAAGUGUGUGUCUUAAAAACAGACAGUCUUGAUUAAAAAAGCCUGGGAUUAUCCAUAAUUUAUGCAGAACUACCACUGCACUAUGAGUGUUUGUUUAUUUCUGGUUGAUUACAAGAUCCACAGUGACUUAAUAAAACAAAGGGUAGUUAAUCUCCUCGACUAAUGUACAUAAGAAAAACUAAGUCAACAUUUUAUCUGAUUAUGGCUUCUAUAUAUAGUGUAAACAUUGACUCGUCAUUGUAUUUGUAAGAAUACAGGUAGAAUUUGUAAAAAGGUAUUAUAAAGAUACAUUGAUGAAACACUUAAAAUCAUUUGUUGUUGUUAAUUAUCUAGAUUUUUUUUUUAAACAAAACCAUGCUGAUAUGUGACACCUUUCUUCUCCCAAUGUUUGUGAUAAUGCUGUGUAUGACUUUAUGUUCCAUAGAGAAAUUAUCAUGAUACAAAUAAUACUGAAAUAAAAAAUCUGAUAAUGAAAACCAA